UUUUUUCAAGAAGCGAUGGUGCUGUUCCAGGCAUGUCGCCGCGCGCGCGUGUGAAGCGCCCGUGAGUCCAAAAAAGCAAACUCAUGGCGCGCGUCCGCCCAUUGACAAUGCUCGCCGCGCUCGCGCUGUUCGUCGUGCCGCGCGCCGGCGCCGACGCCGACGGGUCCUCGCAGCAGCUCGUCGAAGUCUUCGAGGUCGAGGCGCGCCUGAAGAAGAAGUGGGAGCUCGUGCGCUUCAGCACGGCCUCGGGCCGCGUCGUCGACGAGGCGCGGCGCUCCGACGCGCCGCCGCGCUGGUCCUGGGCGAGCGACUGGAUCGCCGACGGGUCGCGCGGCGACGACGACGGCUGGGAGUAUUCCCCGGACGGCUCCGCGAACUGGGAGCAGAAACCCGCCAGUAGGAGCGGCACGUGCUGGCGCCGGCGGCGCUGGCUCCGCGUCAUGAAGCGCAAGGGGAAGAAACAGAAGGCCGCCGGCGCGGCCGAGGAGCGGAAGGUGCUGAGCGGCGUCGCGCGGUCCAUCGACUUCUUCGACUCGGAGGACGUGACGACGAAGCGCGGCAACCCGCUCCUCUACUGCGGGCGCCAGGUCGGGCGCGGCGCAAAGUGGGUGAAAGACGACUUCACGUUCCGGGGCUUCGGGCUCGGCUGCUCGCGGUCGGUGGACGCGCGGUCCGCGGGGCUCGUGCUCCAGCUGCCGCUGACGCCGAACUUCGGGUUCUGGGAGCGGCGGAGCCGCUUCCUGCCCAUGGCCACGGGUUUGGUCAUCGUCUAUCCGCCGGCGUGGGACGCCGCCGCGGCGCCGUCGGCCGUCAACCCGCGCGCGCCGGAGCUCUCCGACGCGAUGCGCGAGGCCAAGCGGCUCUGGGCGCGCACGUCGUCGAACCACUUCGUCAUGGUCGUCAUCCUGUCCAUCAGCUACCCCGUGGACAUCCUGCGCGCGUUCUUCAAGGCGCUCGCGAAACCGUUCGCCGCGCUCCUCGGGCCGCGGCGCGCGCGCGGCGACGCGCGGACGGCGAGCGACUACGGCGCGCGGUCCGUCAAGCGCGUCGGCUUCUCCCUCUCCCGGUCCGUGACCAUCGUCGACGAGGGGUCGACCCUGGCGUACCACGCGUCGCCGCUCCGCUGGCGCCCGUGGUUCAUGUACGCGCCGGGCCUCACGCUGCUCUACCGCGCCACCGAGGCCGCCUUCGAGGCCGUGGCCGCGGGCGCGACGCGCACGUUGAAGCGGCUCAAGGCCGCGGAGCAGGAGGGGAAAAACGCGACGGCGGCGGACGACGCGGAGCUCGCCAACGCGACGGCCGCGAGGCGCGAGGCGCCGGGCCCGCUGCGGCGCCUCGAGCGGCGCACCGCCGAGGCGUGCCUCGACGCGACGUCGGGCCUCCGCGCCUGGUGCGACAGCAAGACGAGCCUCCUCGGCUACUCGGUCCUCCCCUACAUGGCGCACCUCACGGACGGCGACGACGUCGAGCCCGUGGGCUUCAAGCCCUGGAAGGGGUCCGUCCUCUUCAUGAUGCGGCCCUUCUACCCGGCGCGGCCCUUCGGUAAGAGCGUCGGCCGCGUGCCCGACGCGCCGAAGAUCGGCCUCCUGACCCUCGAGAAGGGCCCCGUGAACAGCCUCGACACGUCCAUGCUCGACGCCAUCCGCGCGGGCGUCGGCGAGCUCGAGAACGCCGGCGACGUCAAGGCCUUCGUGCUCACGUCCAAGUUCGACGGCACGGUCUUCUCCGCGGGCCUGGACCUGCUCGAGAUGCACGACCCGGCGUCGCGCGCGGACCUCGAGCGGUUCUGGACGGCGGUCCAGGACUGCUGGCUGAGCCUCUACACGACGCCCCUCGGCGCCGUCGCCUGCGUCAACGGCACGUCGCCCGCCGGCGGCUGCCUCCUCGCGACGGCCUGCGACUACCGCGUCAUGGCCGACGACCCAAAGUUCACCAUCGGCCUCAACGAGGCGCAGUUCGGCCUCGUCGCGCCGGACUUCUUCCUCGACGUCUACCGCAACACCGUGGGCCAGCGCAACGCCGAGUGGCUCGCGGGCACGGGCGCCCUGCUGCCCCCGAAAGCGGCCCUGGCCGUGAACCUCGUGGACGAGGUCGUCGACCAGGCCGACGCGCUCCCGGCGGCCGUCGCCGCGGCCGCCAAGCUCGCGAAGCUGCCCUUCGACGCCCGCGCGGAGACGAAGCGCCGCCUCCGGCUCAAGACCGCGACGGACCUCGUCGAGUCCAAGGCCCGGUGCACCGAGGUCUUCUGCGACUUCGCGCUCAAGGACGACGUCCAGGCCGCGCUCACGGCGUACGUCGCGUCCCUCAAGCAGCGCAAGGCCGCCUAGAUCGAGGCGCCAGUAAUCGGGCCCGUUUAC